AUGACUGGGACACACCCCGUCCCCGGAGCGGGCCCUUCCCACUCACACUCUUCCACCAUUCCGACAACCUCAUCCGCCGCCACCUCGUCGUCCAAAACGAUCGUAAUCAAGCUCGGCACAUCAUCCAUCAUCUCGGAAGAGACGCAGCUGCCCAAGAUUGCCAUCCUCAGUUCGCUCGUCGAGACAUGUCACAAGCUCCGCUCUCUCGGGCACAAAGUCGUCAUCGUCUGCUCGGGAGCCAUUGGAAUGGGACGUAUCCGAAUGCACAUCAACGAGAAGCCUAAAUCGCUCGGCGAGCGCCAGGCACUCGCCGCCCUGGGGCAGCUGCGUCUCAUCGCACUGUGGGACUCGCUGUUCGGCACGGUCGGUAUCGAUGUCGCCCAAGUCCUCCUCACGCGAAACGAUAUUGCAGACCGACCGCGAUACAACAACGCACGCACUACGCUCAACACGCUCAUCUCACCGCCUUUCAAUGCGAUCCCAAUUGUGAACGAGAAUGAUACGGUCUCAGUGUCGGAGCUGAGGUUUGGCGAUAACGACACAUUGUCAGCGAUCACGGCGGGGUUGGUAGAUGCGGAUUUCUUGUUUCUGUGCACGGACGUGGAUGGGCUGUACACGGGCAAUCCCCGCAGCGAUCCUCAUGCAAGAAGGUUGGGAGUGGUGGAAGACGUGGCGGCGGCGAGGAAGGCGGUUUCGGUGGCGACGAUGGGUUCUAGCUUCGGGACGGGUGGUAUGCAGACGAAGCUCAUCGCGGCCGAGUUGGCGACGGCGGCAGGCGUGGCGACGGUAAUCAUCAACGGCGAGCACCCUGAAAACAUGAUCAAGGUCGUCGCUAAAGGGAUCCCCAGCUCGUCGAGCUCCAGCUCGCUCGAGAGUGCACCGCUGCGCAUGGACUCACUGGCGUCCUCCGUGUCGUCUUUGGCUUCGGAGGACAAGGAGCUCAUAGGGUAUCCGCCACUCGACGGCCCACCUCACACAAUCUUCCUGCCCAAGCCCAAUCCGCUCUCGUCGCGCAAAUGGAGCAUCCUGCACGCGCUCCACCCAGCAGGUGCGCUCAUCAUUGACGAAGGCGCCUUCAACCGCAUUGUUCGAACGGACUCGGGUGGGCGACUGCUCCCCGCUGGCGUUGUUGGCGUGGAGGGCAACUGGGAGCGCAUGCAGGCAAUCCGGCUGGUUGUGCGACGCCGUAUUUCAAAACACGUCCCGCACACAACGGGUCUCGAGCAGGGCGCACCACUCACCAACUCCACUCCCAUCGCCCGUAGCCUCGGCCAGUACCUGCUGCGCACCGACUCAGAGUCGGCGGUGUCCGGCACAAGGACUCCGCCCGUCAUCGACUCGCUGCGAAAGGACGUUUCCGUCCCCGCAUCGCCUACGCCUCCCCCAGUUGCAGUUGCGCCAACGGCAGCCACGCAGGUCAGCGACGAGGCGGCGGCGGGAGAAGACUGGGAAUGGCAGCUCAUCGAAGUGGGGCGUGCGCUGGCGAACUAUACGUCGAUCGAGAGCGAACGCAUCAAGGGCCUCAAAUCGUCGCAGAUCUCUUCGACGCUAGGAUACGCGGAUUCGGACUACGUCACGGACCAAGUGGCUCUGCACACGUUCUCGCUCCCCUCUCCCCUUCCUCCCCUGUAG